GCACAGAGUGGAUCCGUAUUGACUAGCGACCGAACCAGAGCAAGAGACCGGGACGGGACGCAGCGGAAGAUGGCUGCGGCGGCGGCGUCGGCGUGGGACGGCCCGACGGCGGGCGAGCUGAAAGCGGCCGGCGCGGAGGCGAUUCCGGGCGGCGUGCGGGUGAAGGGGUGGGUCAUCCAGUCCCACAAGGGGCCCAUCCUCAACUCCGCAUCUGUGAGCCUAUAUGAAGAUAAACUUCAGACGACACAUUUACCUGAGAUGGUGUUUGGAGAGAGUUUUGUGUCUAUUCAGAAUGCUCAAACUGGCGUCAAAUUACAUUUCAACGCGCUUGAUGCUCUCAAGGCAUGGAAACAAGAGGCAUUGCCACCUGUUCAAGUUCCGGCUGCAGCAAAAUGGAAAUUCAGAAGGCAAAGAACCAAGAGAAGGUUCGUUCAGUAUAUGUUUUCUUGCAGUAAUCCUGCUGACCAAGUGGUACUUGACUAUGACUAUACAUUCACGACACCAUACUGUGGGAGUGAUGUGGUUCUGAACCAAGAUGCUACGCAAACAAGUUUAGAUGAAUGUAGCAAUUUGUGUUGGGAGGACACUGAUGACAGGAUCGACCUUAUUGCCCUUUCUGCAAAAGAACCAAUUCUUUUCUAUGAUGAGGUUAUCUUGUAUGAAGAUGAGCUAGCUGAUAGCGGUAUCUCAUUCCUUACAGCGCGAGUGAGGGUGAUGCCAACCGGUUGGUUUCUGCUCUUGCGCUUUUGGCUUAGGGUUGAUGGUGCGCUGAUGAGAUUGAGGGAUACCCGUUUACAUUGUUCUUUUGGAAGUAAGGAAGCGAAGCCGGUUGUACUGCGUGAACUCUGCUGGAGGGAAGCAACAUUUGCUGCCAUGUCUGCGGAGGGCUAUCCUUCCGAUUCUGCGGCAUACGCAGACCCGAAUCUUGUCGCCCGCAAGCUGCCCGUCGUGAUGCAGAAGACCCAGAAGCUGAAGAUACCGAGUUAACCUGCCAAGAGCCCAAGACACCUCUACCAUGUGUUCGGUACAUCCAUGACUGUUCAACCGUGGUCAUAACUCUAUUUGCAUGUGUUGUAGAUGUGCACUACCGCUGCUUUACCCAUUUAUCUUGAAGCCCUUGCGACUGACAAGUAUGGUAGGGCCAUUGUAGCCUGGGCUUUUGAACUUGACAGAUAAGAACGACGCUCUGGCAGUUUGGGCAAUCCUCAUUCAUGACUGAAUAAGAUGUUUACAGGCUUCAGUUCAUUUUUC